AUGUGGAGCGGCCGACAGCCACGCCCAACCGACCGACCAGAGGCCGACGCGCCAGGCCCAACCGACCGACCAGCGGCCGACAGCCACGCCCAACCGACCGACCAGCGGUCGACGCGCCAGGCCCAACCGACCGACCAGCGGCCGACGCGCCAGGCCCAACCGACCGACCAGCGGCCGACGCGCCACGCCCAACCGACCGACCAGCGGCCGACGCGCCAGGCCCAAGCGACCGACCAGCGGCCGACGCGCCAGGCCCAAGCGACCGACCAGCGGCCGACGCGCCAGGCCCAAGCGACCGACCAGCGUCCAACGCGCCAGGCCCAACCGACCGACCAGCGGCCGACGCGCCAGGCCCAACCGACCGACCAGCGGCCGACGCGCCAGGCCCAACCGACCGACCAGCGGCCGACGCGCCAGGCCCAACCGACCGACCAGCGGCCGACGCGCCACGCCCAACCGACCGACCAGGGGCUGACGCGCCACGCCCAACCGCCCGACCAGCAGCCGACGCGCCAGGCCCAACCGACCGACGAGCGGCCGACGCGCCAGGCCCAACCGACCGACCAGCGGCCGACGCGCCAGGCCCAACUGACCGACCAGCGGCUGACGCGCCACGCCCAACCGACCGACCAGCGGCCGACGCGCCAGGCCCAACCGACCGACCAGCGACCGACACGCCAGGCCCAACCGACCGACCAGCGGCCGACGCGCCAGGCCCAACCGACCGAAAAGCGGCCGACGCGCCACGCCCAACCGACCGACCAGCGGCCGACGCGCCAGGCCCAACCGACAGAGCAGCGGCCGACGCGCCAGGCCCAACCGACCGACCAGCGGCCGACGCGCCAGGCCCAACCGACCGACCAGCGGCCGACGCGCCAGGCCCAACCGACCGACCAGCGACCAACGCGCCAGGCCCAACCGACCGACCAGCGGCCGACGCGCCACGCCCAACCGACCGACCAGCGGCCGACGCGCCAGGCCCAAGCGACCGACCAGCGGCCGACGCGCCAGGCCCAAGCGACCGACCAGCGGCCGACGCGCCAGGCCCAAGCGACCGACCAGCGUCCGACGCGCCAGGCCCAACCGACCGACCAGUGGCCGACGCGCCAGGACCAACCGACCGACCAGCGGCCGACGCGCCAGGCCCAACCGACCGACCAGCGGCCGAAGCGCCAGGCCCAACCGAACGACCAGCGGCCGACGCGCCAGGCCCAUCCGACCGACCAGCGUCCAACGCGCCAGGCCCAACCGACCGACCAGCGGCCGACGCGCCAGGCAAAAAGCGACGGACCAGCGUCCAACGCGCCAGGCCCAACCGACCGACCAGCGGCCGACGCGCUAGGCCCAACCGACCGACCAGCGGCCGACGCGCCAAGCCCAACCAACCGACCAGCGGCCGACGCGCCAGGCCCAACCGACCGACCAUUGGCCGACGCGCCAGGCCCAACCGACCGACCAUUGGCUGACGCGCCAGGCCCAACCGACCGACCAGCGGCCGACGCGCCACGCCCAACCGACCGACCAGUGGCUGACGCGCCUGGCCCAACCAACCGACCAGCGGCCGACGCGCCAGCGGCCGACGCGCCAGGCCCAACCGACCGACCAGCGGCCGACGCGCCAGGCCCAACCGACCGACCAGCGGCCGACGCGCCACGCCCAACCGACCGACCAGAGGCCGACGCGCCGGGCCCAACCGACCGACCAGCGUACAACGUGCCAGGCCCAACCGACCGACCAGCGGCCGACAGCCACGCCCAACCGACCGACCAGCGGCCGACGCGCCAGGCCCAACCGACCGACCAGCGGCUGACGCGCCAGGCCCAACUGACCGACCAGCGGCCGACACGCCACGCCCAACCGACCGACCAGAGGUCGACGCGCCGGGCCCAACCGACCGACCAGCGGUCGACGCGCCAGGCCCAACCGACCGACCAGCGGCCGACGCGCCAGGCCCAAGCGACCGACCAGCGUACAACGUGCCAGGCCCAACCGACCGACCAGCGGCCGACGCGCCAGGGCCAACCGACCGACCAGCGGCCGACGCGCCAGGCCCAACCGACCGACCAGCGGCCGACGCGCCAGGCCCAACCGACCGACCAGCGGCCGACGCGCCAGGCCCAACCGACCGACCAGCGGCCGACGCGCCAGGCCCAACCGACCGACCAGCGGCCGACGCGCCAGGCCCAACCGACCGACCAGCGGCCGACGCGCCAGGCCCAACCGACCGACCAGCGGCCGACGCGCCAGGCCCAACCGACCGACCAGCAGUCGACGCGCCACGCCCAACCGACCGACCAGCGGCCGACGCGCCAGGCCCAACCGACCGACCAGCGGCCGACGCGCCAGGCCCAACCGACCGACCAGCGGCCGACGCGCCAGGCCCAACCGACCGACCAGAGGUCGACGCGCCACGCCCAACCGACCGACCAGCGGCCGACGCGCCAGGCCCAACCGACCGACCAGCGGCCGACGCGCCAGGCCCAACCGACCGACCAGCGGCCGACGCGCCAGGCCCAACCGACCGACCAGCGGCCGACGCGCCAGGCCCAACCGACCGACCAGCGGCCGACGCGCCAGGCCCAACCGACCGACCAGCGGCCGACGCGCCAGGCCCAACCGACCGACCAGCGGCCGACGCGCCAGGCCCAACCGACCGACCAGCAGUCGACGCGCCACGCCCAACCGACCGACCAGCGGCCGACGCGCCAGGCCCAACCGACCGACCAGUGGCCGACGCGCCAGGCCCAACCGACCGACCAGCGGCCGACGCGCCAGGCCCAACCGACCGACCAGCGGCCGACGCGCCAGGCCCAACCGACCGACCAGCAGUCGACGCGCCACGCCCAACCGACCGACCAGCGGCCGACGCGCCAGGCCCAACCGACCGACCAGUGGCCGACGCGCCAGGCCCAACCGACCGACCAGCGGCCGACGCGCCAGGCCCAACCGACCGACCAGCGGCCGACGCGCCAGGCCCAACCGACCGACCAGCGGCCGACGCGCCAGGCCCAACCGACCGACCAGCGGCCGACGCGCCAGGCCCAACCGACCGACCAGCAGUCGACGCGCCACGCCCAACCGACCGACCAGCGGCCGACGCGCCAGGCCCAACCGACCGACCAGCGGCCGACAGCCACGCCCAACCGACCGACCAGCGGCCGACGCGCCAGGCCCAACCGACCGACCAGCGGCCGACGCGCCAGGCCCAACCGACCGACCAGCGUAAAACGUGCCAGGCCCAACCGACCGACCAGCGGCCGACAGCCACGCCCAAGCGACCGACCAGCGGCCGACGCGCCAGGCCCAACCGACCGACCAGCAGUCGACGCGCCACGCCCAACCGACCGACCAGCGGCCGACGCGCCAGGCCCAACCGACCGACCAGCGGCCGACGCGCCAGGCCCAACCGACCGACCAGCAGUCGACGCGCCACGCCCAACCGACCGACCAGCGGCCGACGCGCCAGGCCCAACCGACCGACCAGCGGCCGACAGCCACGCCCAACCGACCGACCAGCGGCCGACGCGCCAGGCCCAACCGACCGACCAGCGGCCGACGCGCCAGGCCCAACCGACCGACCAGCAGUCGACGCGCCACGCCCAACCGACCGACCAGCGGCCGACGCGCCAGGCCCAACCGACCGACCAGUGGCCGACGCGCCAGGCCCAACCGACCGACCAGCGGCCGACGCGCCAGGCCCAACCGACCGACCAGCGGCCGACGCGCCAGGCCCAACCGACCGACCAGCAGUCGACGCGCCACGCCCAACCGACCGACCAGCGGCCGACGCGCCAGGCCCAACCGACCGACCAGUGGCCGACGCGCCAGGCCCAACCGACCGACCAGCGGCCGACGCGCCAGGCCCAACCGACCGACCAGCGGCCGACGCGCCAGGCCCAACCGACCGACCAGCGGCCGACGCGCCAGGCCCAACCGACCGACCAGCGGCCGACGCGCCAGGCCCAACCGACCGACCAGCAGUCGACGCGCCACGCCCAACCGACCGACCAGCGGCCGACGCGCCAGGCCCAACCGACCGACCAGCGGCCGACAGCCACGCCCAACCGACCGACCAGCGGCCGACGCGCCAGGCCCAACCGACCGACCAGCGGCCGACGCGCCAGGCCCAACCGACCGACCAGCGUAAAACGUGCCAGGCCCAACCGACCGACCAGCGGCCGACAGCCACGCCCAACCGACCGACCAGCGGCCGACGCGCCAGGCCCAACCGACCGACCAGCAGUCGACGCGCCACGCCCAACCGACCGACCAGCGGCCGACGCGCCAGGCCCAACCGACCGACCAGCAGUCGACGCGCCACGCCCAACCGACCGACCAGCGGCCGACGCGCCAGGCCCAACCGACCGACCAGCGGCCGACAGCCACGCCCAACCGACCGACCAGCGGCCGACGCGCCAGGCCCAACCGACCGACCAGCGGCCGACGCGCCAGGCCCAACCGACCGACCAGCGUAAAACGUGCCAGGCCCAACCGACCGACCAGCGGCCGACAGCCACGCCCAACCGACCGACCAGCGGCCGACGCGCCACGCCCAACCGACCGACCAGCGGCCGACGCGCCAGGCCCAACCGACCGACCAGCGGCCGACGCGCCAGGCCCAACCGACCGACCAGCGGCCGACGCGCCAGGCCCAACCGACCGACCAGCGGCCGACGCGCCAGGCCCAACCGACCGACCAGCGGCCGACGCGCCAGGCCCAACCGACCGACCAGCGGCCGACGCGCCAGGCCCAACCGACCGACCAGCGGCCGACGCGCCAGGCCCAACCGACCGACCAGCGGCCGACGCGCCACGCCCAACCGACCGACCAGCAGUCGACGCGCCACGCCCAACCGACCGACCAGCGGCCGACGCGCCAGGCCCAACCGACCGACCAGUGGCCGACGCGCCAGGCCCAACCGACCGACCAGCGGCCGACGCGCCAGGCCCAACCGACCGACCAGCGGCCGACGCGCCACGCCCAACCGACCGACCAGUGGCCGACGCGCCAGGCCCAACCGACCGACCAGCGGCCGACGCGCCAGGCCCAACCGACCGACCAGCGGCCGACAGCCACGCCCAACCGACCGACCAGCGGCCGACGCGCCAGGCCCAACCGACCGACCAGCGGCCGACGCGCCAGGCCCAACCGACCGACCAGCGGCCGACGCGCCAGGCCCAACCGACCGACGAGCGGCCGACGCGCCAGGCCCAACCGACCGACCAGCGGCCGACGCGCCAGGCCCAACCGACCGACCAGCGGCCGACGCGCCAGGCCCAACCGACCGACCAGCGGCCGACGCGCCAGGCCCAACCGACCGACCAGCGGCCGACAGCCACGCCCAACCGACCGACCAGUGGCCGACGCGCCAGGCCCAACCGACCGACCAGCGGCCGACGCGCCAGGCCCAACCGACCGACCAGCGGCCGACAGCCACGCCCAACCGACCGACCAGCGGCCGACGCGCCAGGCCCAACCGACCGACCAGCGGCCGACGCGCCAGGCCCAACCGACCGACCAGCGGCCGACGCGCCAGGCCCAACCGACCGACCAGCGGCCGACGCGCCAGGCCCAACCGACCGACCAGCGGCCGACAGCCACGCCCAACCGACCGACCAGCGGCCGACGCGCCAGGCCCAACCGACCGACCAGCGGCCGACGCGCCAGGCCCAACCGACCGACCAGCGGCCGACGCGCCAGGCCCAACCGACCGACCAGCGGCCGACAGCCACGCCCAACCGACCGACCAGCGGCCGACGCGCCAGGCCCAACCGACCGACCAGCGGCCGACGCGCCAGGCCCAACCGACCGACCAGCGGCCGACGCGCCAGGCCCAACCGACCGACCAGCGGCCGACGCGCCAGGCCCAACCGACCGACCAGCGGCCGACGCGCCAGGCCCAACCGACCGACCAGCGGCCGACGCGCCAGGCCCAACCGACCGACCAGCGGCCGACGCGCCAGGCCCAAGCGACCGACCAGCGUACAACGUGCCAGGCCCAACCGACCGACCAGCGGCCGACGCGCCAGGCCCAACCGACCGACCAGCGGCCGACGCGCCAGGCCCAACCGACCGACCAGCGGCCGACGCGCCAGGCCCAACCGACCGACCAGCGGCCGACAGCCACGCCCAACCGACCGACCAGCGGCCGACGCGCCAGGCCCAACCGACCGACCAGCGGCCGACGCGCCAGGCCCAACCGACCGACCAGCGGCCGACGCGCCAGGCCCAACCGACCGACCAGCGGCCGACAGCCACGCCCAACCGACCGACCAGCGGCCGACGCGCCAGGCCCAACCGACCGACCAGCGGCCGACGCGCCAGGCCCAACCGACCGACCAGCGGCCGACGCGCCAGGCCCAACCGACCGACCAGCGGCCGACGCGCCAGGCCCAACCGACCGACCAGCGGCCGACGCGCCAGGCCCAACCGACCGACCAGCGGCCGACGCGCCAGGCCCAACCGACCGACCAGCGGCCGACGCGCCAGGCCCAACCGACCGACCAGCGGCCGACGCGCCAGGCCCAACCGACCGACCAGCGGCCGACAGCCACGCCCAAGCGACCGACCAGCGGCCGACGCGCCAGGCCCAACCGACCGACCAGCGGCCGACGCGCCAGGCCCAACCGACCGACCAGCGGCCGACAGCCACGCCCAAGCGACCGACCAGCGGCCGACGCGCCAGGCCCAACCGACCGACCAGCGGCCGACGCGCCAGGCCCAACCGACCGACCAGCGGCCGACGCGCCAGGCCCAACCGACCGACCAGCAGCUGA